GAUGUGCAUGACUUAGCUUACAUUGGUCCAGCUGUAGCUGCAGAGCAGUUGACACAAAAACUAAAGGAAUAUGGAUAUAAGGAUGAUGUCAGCAUUCUAGAUCUCGGCUGUGGUACUGGUUUAGCUGGAGAGCAAUUACACAAGCGUGGUUAUAAAAAUGUAGAUGGUUUAGAUCUCAGUCAAGAGCUGCUGGAGGUCGCCCAAGCAAAAGGCACUUAUAGGUAAUGACUGUACACAUAUAAAAAUUUUCCAAAGAUACACAUCAUGGUCAGCUGAGCGGUAUAUCACACCCAAAAACGUCGUAUGAAAACCGUAAAAAUUCGAACAAUAUCUCUAAAUCCCUACAAAUCCAAAAAAAUAAAAAGUCUCGGAAAAAACCCAAGAGAUUUUCGAAAUACCAAAAGGCACUAUAUAUACUGACUCCGGAUUAGCACGAAUCAGCGGAUAGCGCCAGUGUUUUUUGGAUAUAUUAUUUAAAUUAACUCCGAAAUGUCGAAUAGUUUUAAAUGUUCAGUUUCACAUAUGCACAAAGUGAAAGAAAAAUAAUCCACAUUAUGUUAGCCUAUUAUACCGCCCGAAAGUAGAUUCCCCCGCCCCUUGUUAGUUAAGCCCCCUCCCCCACCCCUCCGAUCCCCACCACAACCACCAGUAUUACUAUAUCUUGACAAAAAAUCAAAAUGAUAAGUGUGAAAGUAAGUACUGUAUUUAAUUUAUGGUUUGUAACAUGUAAAUUAAACCUAUACAGGUCACUACAGCAAGGACGUAUGGGAUCUAAUCAAUGCAAAGAUUUGGGUGUGGCUGCCGACCAAUACGACGCAGUUAUUUGUGUGGGCGUGUUUACUGCUGGACACGUGAAAGGCAAGGGAUUGGUGUUGUUCACGUGGUGA